AUGGUGGUUUGUGGUGUAAGUAGGUAGCCACUAGCCAGCAUAUAAGCUGACUGAAAAGGCCGGCAGUCUCUACAAGACAACUGCUACAGACGGCAGCUCUCUGUGACGGAGUUACUGUCCCAAACAGGCAGACAUCCUGGAGAGGAGUCCCCAAUAACACAUAGGCAGGUGUGUGCAGCUCCUCCUGUCCCUGUCCUGUGACAGAAGUGAAGUCCAGCAGUGUGGAUUCGUAGGAUGUCCCGGAGCCCCGAGGUGAAGGACGAUUCGAUGGAGUGCCCGCUGUGUAUGGAACCACUUGAGAUCGAUGACGUCAACUUUUUCCCCUGCACCUGUGGAUACCAGAUCUGCCGCUUCUGCUGGCAUCGAAUCAGGACAGAUGAGAACGGUCUCUGUCCCGCCUGCAGAAAGCCCUAUCCAGAAGACCCUGCCGUGUACAAGCCGCUGUCACAGGAGGAACUGCAGAAGAUUAAGAACGAGAAGAAGCAGAAACAGAACGAGAAGAAGCAGAAGAUCACAGAGAACCGCAAACAUCUGGCCAGCGUCCGAGUGGUGCAGAGGAACCUGGUGUUUGUAGUGGGGCUGUCCCAGAGGCUGGCUGACCCUGAGGUUUUAAAGAGGCCGGAAUAUUUUGGGAAGUUUGGGAAGAUUCACAAAGUAGUGAUCAACAACAGCACAUCAUAUGCUGGUUCACAGGGGCCCAGUGCCAGUGCCUAUGUCACAUAUAUUCGCUCUGAAGAUGCUCUCAGAGCCAUCCAGUGUGUCAACAAUGUAGUGGUAGAUGGCAGAACACUGAAGGCUUCUUUAGGAACAACAAAAUACUGCAGUUACUUUUUAAAGAGCAUGCAGUGCCCCAAACCAGACUGCAUGUAUCUACACGAGCUCGGGGAUGAAGCUGCUAGUUUUACAAAAGAGGAGAUGCAGGCAGGAAAGCAUCAAGAGUAUGAACAGAAACUGCUACAAGAUCUUUACAAGAUGAACCCGGCAUACCUAGCUGUGUCAGGAGACAAACCAAAGGGCAAAGCCAAUUCUUUACAGAGAUCCAACAGCUCCAGUAAAGAUGGCUGGCUGUCGUCAAGUCAGAUGACCAAUGGUCUGUCUUCAGAACACAGGAAGAGUCCGCCCCUAGACGGGUCUGACUCUGAACACUUGACCCCUGAGGGGCCAGAACCUGACCUUAGCCUUGGCGCUGUACAGACCCUCUCCCCGUUCUCUUCAAACUGUGACCUUGCUAGCCCCAGUGACAAACUGCCAGACAUCAUCAGUAUAGGCGACGGUGAAACCUCUCAACUGCUCCCAGGCAGUGAUUCUCCAUCGCCCCCUCCUGGCCUCAGUAAGCCAAACCUGGUGGUUCCCAUCAGUGUCACUUGCCACACAGCUCGCUCUCUUUUUGAGGGAGCUGCCACAGAGUCCCAGUCACUGUUCUCAGACAACAGUAACUUCAGGCAUCCUAACCCCCUCCCCAGUGGACUGAGCGGCUUCCCCACCUCCUCACACAGCAACGCCGACUGGCCCACAGCACCAGAACCACAGAGCCUCUUCACCUCAGAUACCAUCCCAGUGUCGUCGUCCACAGACUGGCAGGCAGCAUUUGGCUUCGGCUCUUCCAAACAGCAGCAGGACGAUGACCUGGGCUUCGACCCCUUCGACAUCACCCGUAAGGCCCUGGCUGAUCUCAUCGAGAAGGAGCUCUCUGUGGAUGACAGCUUCACCUCCCCCCUGUCCCCUGGCUCCUUCCCCCACAGGGCCCGUGGACCCCUGUUAAACUCCUUACCUAAUAAAGGCUUUGGCCCCCCAGGAGGGUUCCCACUCCCCAACCACCCCCCACCCCACAGCGGCAUCUCUCACCACUACUCCCAGCUUCAGCACCCUCAACGGGGAGGCUACAGCUCCUUCAACUUUCCCUCUCAAGCUCCAUCAUCUUGUUCAUCCUCCUGCUCUUCCACCUCCACUUCCUACUCCUCAGCAUCUCGUCAGCCCUGGAUGGGUUCCGGCUCUGCAUCCUCACACAGUAACUUUGUGAAUUUGAACCACACAGUUAGUCCAGCAGUCUCCUCACACAGCAGCUUCUUGGACUUGACGGUGCUGCCAGGACCUCACAGUACUGGGCUAGGAGGAAUCCCCAUCACAGAAAACAGCAGUAGUGUAGAGAAUCUAAAUGUGAAAGAGUGGCAGGAUGGCCUCAGAGCACUCUUACCCAACAUCAACAUCAACUUUGGAGGACUGCCCAACUCCUCAUCUUCCUCAUCGUCAUCCUCUUCCUCAUCCAGCAUCAACCACACAGGGGCACCAGGGGGUUCUGGGAGUGUUUCUCACAGCCUGUGUUGGGAAGGCAGAGCCAGCUGGAUGGACCCUGCCAUCAUCACAGGGAUCCCAGCCUCCAGUGGGAACAGUCUGGACUUUCUUCAGGAUGACAACCCUCCACAUUGGCUCAAGUCCUUACAGUCGCUCACAGAGAUGGACACCCCCGCCUCACACAGUGGCCCCUACGGUAGCCAGCAACCCCCCCACAGACCCAGCUGGGCCCACUACCCAGCCCCCACCAGCCAGUUCCACUCCCCACCACCAGGCUUCCAGACGGCAUUCAGACCCCCAACACAGACCCAGACAGAUCUGUUACAGAGCGCCGCCAUCAACCGCCACUAGGGACUGUCAACACACACACACACACAACCACACCCACACACCCACACACACACACACACACACACACACACACACACACACACACACACACUGAAAACCACACCAAAGCAGAAAUACAAAACUAUUAACAACUAAUAAGAUAAUAUACUGUUUAAAUUUCAUCCUCCCAGAUAUUCUGAGCGCUUGUGUUUUUUGUCCUGGUUUCUGAAUGGUUGUUGUAGUUGGUCUAAGCAAGCUACCCCAGCCACACACCUCCUAACAGAUUGUGACAGCAUCAUGAUCACCCUGCAGAGACUCUGAUUAGACAAGAAUCAUGAGCAGUUUCCAAGUUUGAGGAAGUUUGAGUUUUAAGAUAUUAGAGAAUCGUAUCAUCAGGGCAAAUACAGUCAUCAUGUUGUGAGACUGAGAGAUGCAGAACAAUGAUGUUGCCUUAUGUUUCAGAACAUGAUUGAACUAUUGAGUCAUCUCUUCAAUCAGUCUUAAUGAGAGCAGCUGUGUGCUCUGAAGCUCUUGAGCAGAGUCAUGUAGAGCAACAGGUUGUAUGUGAGAAUCAGACCCUCUGUUGUCUGAUCAGGAGGAAGUGUCAGGAUAACAAUAGUGAAGGUAUGAUAGUGUGGCUCUAAAAACAGAAACACACUUGUUUCUAGAAACAUUUGCAUUCUCAAUCCCUGAAGUUAUAAUUGAGUCUUCAAGAUGGCAAAACAGUCAGAGACUCAGAAUCCAGUACAGCAGAUUCAUGCUGCUUUUACCUGCAGUAGUUUUACUUACUGCAAUCAUGACAGUGCAGCUCAUGGAACACAAUGUCUUGAAAUUAGCUUUGUAUAUCUCAAAGCUUUGGCUUGUAGGAUGUUUGGGUAUGUUUUGGGCCUCAGUGGAAUUAAUCCAUAGAAAAGGUAUUUCAUACCAGACUGUCUAGACUGUGUGUUUAUACUCCAGCAAAGUAGUUUCAAUAAAGUAGUAACUAAAAUAAGUAACUAAAUCAGGAAAUAAAGUAUAAUUAAAAAGUAUCUUUUGCACUUUCCUGUUGCACCAUAUCUGAAGUACUGUGAUUAGGGGAAGUACUGUCCAGUAACAUGAAAAGAAACACUGGGAAACAGCAAGUCAUUUAGAUGACUUUUACAUGAAACCCUCUGGGCCAAUCACAGGAAAGGCUCAAGAGUUUCUGCACCACUGAAAACAUUCUGCAGUAGAAAUGAGUUAAAAUUUAAAUGAAGUUAAAUUCUUCAUUAAGGAAGCAUUUCUCCUUAAGCAAAUACACUGACCACGACUAUUUCUAUGACUAGUUCAUUUCUAUCAGUUACAAAUGGGAGUGAGCCUCUAGUCUUCAUAUUUCACAAGCUCAAAGGAAUUAUGUAGAGGAUUCAAAAACAAAGCUCAGUGUUUUUCACCAUGAUUGCAGAUAUCCAAUCAGCAGCUGGAGAAACUCCACAAUAGAUGUGAACAGCAGACAGUUGUGUUAGUUGUUAUACUGUCUGCAAACAUGUGGAUGUAUUCACAUUUGUUGAUGUGUAUGUUCCAUGCAAUUAUACAUUUUGUGCCCACACAAACUGUUUCAUGGCACUAUGCAGACAGUAUCACAGUAUAACUUGUGCUGAAGGAGCCUGAUGCUCGUCAUGCUGGUAUAAAAGAAUGUGGGUCUUGCGAAAUCAAGACAGGAUGUCUUGUAUCUUGCCAAACCUCUGUAUCAGAGGGUCCAAGGUAGACAGACAGCCACAAUAUGUCUCAGUAUGUCAGCUCAGAGUAGGUUUAGCACAGUCAGUGCCACUGUGUGGCGCUAAUUGUCAGUUGAUGUCAGAGACCUCGCCCAUGCUCUCAGAUUAGCUGACAGUUUUAAGCCUCAGCUCUCAGUGAUGCUGCUGUGUUUGUUCAGACAGGAAAGCUUUCAGUCUUCAUUUAUUAAAUUGUUCCCCUGUCAGUUCUUAGACAUUUAAAUCAACAUAAAGAGUCAUAUUUCAUUUUUUUUCUAAAUAUUCUAAAAAUGUAACUCUCUUGAAUGAAACAGUUCCCUAAAAAGGAGGAUUAGUUACAUUUAUGGUCUUCUUUUAAUUUCAGGAGGUCAGUAGUUUCUCUAGGCUGUGUGUGUGUGCUGGGAUAGCAGAGCUACAGAACAACUCAAAUAAUCAGUAACUUGAGGUGUACGUCAUCAACACCUUCAGUCUCCUCCAGCAUUUAACGCUCCUAAGUUGUAUGUUCUUUCAUCAGGUCCUGACAACUUUCAUCAUCCAACAGUAUUCUUGAGGAUUAAAACACUGAUGCAGUCUAACACAUUUUCCACAGUGCUAAAAGAUGUCUUAAAUGAAGAGCAGGUCUGGAACAUAAAACAAACUAAAUAUUGAAUAAAAGAGGAAAUAUGA